CGUGAGCCAGAGCGCUGGCAGACGCGGAAUUAGUCGUGCGCGCUCUGUUGUCGGCGGAGUACGUGUGUUGUGGCUAAAAGUUCGAUCGCCGUCACAUGCAAGUGCGAUGGAUGUUCUUCCGAGCGGUAACCUCUUUCGAGAGUUGCAGGAUGUUACGGACACGGGAUACUUCGAAAUGAAAUUAUCAAUUGAAGAUUAUUGGCAACAGACAUGUUACGAAAUGGAAAGAUAUCUCCAAGAGGAGCCGAGAGGUGGAGCAGAAGUAGAACAUGAAGAAGAUUGGGCCAUUUCCGUGCCGUUGCCACCUCCUCCGCUACUCACUCCUAGACCCCACAUCGUCAGCAUAGUGAAGACCGAACCUCUCAGCGACUCUGAUGAGCCGAGAGUCAAGUCGAGCGUGAUAGGCACACAACGAAACAAUAGUGAAAUUCCGUCAGGAGUGGCAGAGGAGCCGAGACGUGGAGCAGAAGUAGUUCAAGAUAGAAAAGAAGAAUGGGCCAUGACCGUGUCGCUGCCACCUCCUCCGCUACUCAUUCCUAGAACGCACAUCAUAGUCAAAAUAGAGCCUCUCAGCGGCUCUGAUGAGCUGAGAGAUGAGCCGCCCAGCGCUCCACCCGCGAGGCGCCACGUACCGCGUCACCACCCGUAUGGUCACGCCGCGGACCCCCGGCGCCGCGUGCACCGAUGCGAAUUCCCCUCUUGCGAUAAAGUUUACACGAAGAGCUCGCAUCUUAAAGCGCACAAACGUACCCAUACAGGUGAGAAGCCCUACAAGUGUUCCUGGGAGGGCUGCGAGUGGCGAUUUGCGCGCUCAGACGAGUUGACGAGACACUAUCGCAAACACACGGGGGCGAAACCGUUCCGCUGCCGCCACUGCGAGCGCUGCUUCUCGCGCUCCGAUCACCUGGCAUUACAUGCUAAGCGUCACGCGUAGCCCGAGAACCCCCCACCCGCUCCCAGGAAGAGAAAUCGGAGCAAACGCUCUGAAAAACUAUUAACAGUUGCCAAUGUGCACUAAUGCAAGCGAUCGUGGUGUACCUGGCGCGCGUCUCUUCCUUAAUGUGUGAUUAUGUUUGUAGAAUCUGUGUGUUGUGGUCUUACGAAUUAAAAAAUGUGAUUAAGCGAUAGCUUAAUGCUGUUAUGUUUGUCCUGAGUCGCGCGCUUUCGGGGGUGGGUGUUUGCGAAGCGUUGCAAGCCAAAGAAAUAUCGCUACGUAAGUAGCCGAGUCAUCGCUGCACCGAAUGCUUUAAACUUAUUAUAAUUUUCAUUACGUUUUUGUCAAUGAUUAAAAUUUAAAAUCUCUUAAUGUUUCGGCCUUUGUCGUUAUGUUUCUUUGUUGCAAUAAGAGAACGAUUUAUAUUUGCCGUUGUUUAUUGUGUAAAAGAUUUUUUCUAAGCUUUGUGUACAGAGAGGAAGCUUUGUGUACAGAGAGGUUUGUUUGUAUUACGUCGACCGGUCGCAAAGCGGCCGUGGCCGACAGUUGUGCCAUCUGUCGCGGAGAGCGAGCUGCGCUCUGCGUACUCACGUCGCUUCCGCGCGUCUUUUGAUUACCUGCAUUUUGAAAUAUGUGGCAUAUUAUUUAUUUGAUUCGCGGGAUGUUCGGCAGAUAUUCCCACCGACGCCAGCACAACCUUUUGUUAGUCGUAAGCUGCUAAGUAGGAUGUGCCUCUCGCGUUACCUGAAGUUGAGUCACCAUUUCAAAACAGUUGCUGUGAACAUUUGUCUGAACAACCAAUUACAAGGCGUUAUAACAUUAUUUAUUGUUAUAUUACAACUAGGCACCAUAUUUUAUUUAUAUGUACUGUUUUAAGUAUAUACCUAAUAGUUAUUAUUUUGUUCAUUAGCAAUUGUUUUAAGUGGUUGACUUGUGUUUAUUUUAUAUAAUGUUUAUUUUUAAGAUACGCAUACACUGCGAUAUAUUUACGUUUAAGCUUUCUCUUUAACUCUCUCAUUCCGUUGGUGUAAGAUGUACCGUGCCUACGGUUUUAUGGGUGCAGUAUGUGUAAUGUUUAUUCAGUGUUGGUGAAUAUAAAUGCAACCCCUUUACACACAUAGCGUUAGGAUAAUCGAUAUAUAAAACAUUUUUCUUAGGUAAAUUAUUAAAUAAUUUAAGAGAUUGUUGUCAACAGUGUUGCUAUGUGUGUAAUGGUGUAAGAAUAAUUAUAUAAGCAAGUUGAUUCUCAAACACAGUCGCUAUUUAGUUUAUUUCUCCUAAGGUGUAAGAUUCCUUGAUCACACAUGCGACCGAAGCUGACGGGAUGGAAAAUGCAGAUACACCGACUAUCCUGUCGAAAAGCGUUGUCUUGUUUGAUGGAUAUAAUAUAAAUAUAAAAGUUAUGUUAAUGUCUGUUUAUAAAUGUUGAUGUUGAUCGGAUAACUUGGAAUAGUUGUACUAUGUGUGUGUGACUUGAUACGGAAAACAAAACGAUGGAAUAACGCUGCUACAAUAACAGAGGUUUGGCUUUAUAUUGGUGCAUACACAUUUAGUAAGACGCGAUUACAUUGUAUUAAGGUUUUCUCGACUACAAAGUCGAUUCAUUUUAUUAUUGUUGGCAUUUAACAAAUUAAAAAUCUUUGAUGUUAGAUUUAAGUGGUUAUUGUAAGAGCUUACAAAAUGUUUAUCUUAAGAUUUCAGAUCUCUUAAGUUUCUACAUAUCAUGUAAAAGCUAUGGAAUGGUUUAGUUACGUGCAAUAGAAAGUUUGACUACAAAUUGUAUCCGAUGAGUUUACAACAGUAUAAUAUGUAGUAUGAAACAUUCGUUUUGAAAUUUCUGUUUUCAUAUUAUAAAAUAAUACAAUAAUGGAUAAAAUGAUUUUUUGUAUGUAGUAUAUCACUAAGGUCAGUAACACAUCACUGAGAGCAAAUUACAAAUAGUUUUAAAUGCUUUAAUUUUCACAAAAUUUAGUUUAUUUUUCUCUUUUCAUCGUAUUUCUCUCCUAUUAAUAUAAUUCGUAAGACUACAGCUAACUAGCGGCAUACUGCUUUCAGUGGAUGACUGCUAACACCCAGUCCUUGGCUCUUGGCUAUCUACUUUCAAUUCCAAUACACCCUCGACAAUGUCUUCAAGCGUAUCACGAACAUUGCCAUAUGUUCGCGUAGGUACCUUUUGUGUAAUCGUAAGUAUUGUAAUAUCGUCAGCAGUAAAAUUAACGUUGGAUUGGAUAUAUAUACGACGAUGAUUUAGAUGAACGUUAAUCUUUGGAAAUUGUGGCAACAGAGAGUAUUCAUUUUAUCUACUAAGACCAUUCAAACCAUUCACUCAAUCCCUUUUUUAGAAAUGACUAAUAAUUACACAUUCGAAAUAUUUGUAUCACAUAUUAUUGAAACACUUUUUUUCUAGCUUGUAGUAGUUUAAUUUUUAGUUAUAAUUUUUGUAUUAUAUACCCAAACAGAUUUGAUCACUGCACGAUAUGAUAAUGUAAUUAUAUACAAGACAGGCUGUGGUAAUUUAUAUAAUUCAUCGUAAUUAGAAUCAUGAAUUUUUAAUGAAAACCUUUUGGAUAAUUAUGUUGGUAAUCAUCUGGCAUCCUUUUUGGGAUGUGUUUAAAGUAAUGUAGAAAAAAUUAAGUACAACGACAGCAGAAAAAAGUACUGCCAUAACUAUUAUAUCAGCUAAGUAAUAAAUAAAAUUAUACAUCUUAACAUCAGAACACUUUGUUCUAUAGAUAUGUGCAUUGUUUAUGACUAUAGUAUUCCUACGUAAAAGCAUCCCUGGGGCCAAUGAUAUGAGUCUUCCCGAAUUAAACAAUGUGAUUUUUAUGUCAAAGUUUUGAUCUCAGGGAAAAUUUAUCAGAUUCUUUAUGCAGCAUGAUGAGAUUUAGCUUAAGCUAAGCUAAAUCAAACUUGGUGAAUUCAUUUAUUUUUUGGAUCUUUACUUUAGAUACCUACAUACAUAUAUUAUUUAUACGUAAGUAUGUCUCUAUUUUUUUUUUAAUGUUUAAGCUAACAAAUGCCGUAUUUUUUUUCGCAAAUAUGAUUCCUCCUGUUAUUAUGCGUUUUAAACGAUUUAAUAUACAACAGAACUAUUGAACCGAUUUGUAAACAACUGUAUUUUGUGGAAAACAAUAAGUUUAAUAUUUAGUUUUAAAUUCAAAAUCUGUAAAUCGAUCCUGCUAGAUCUGUUGUGACAUACCUAAUUAGGAUGACCACUAACAAAAAUGAUAUUUGCCAAAUGUUUCUCAUAAUUUCUGUAAAUUCUCGUACUUACUAAUCGAAACCCUAAUUUUCUACAAAAUUUUAAGGUAUUGAUAUAGGUAGGUUGUAGUAACUUUCUAUAUUAUACUAAAUAAAGUUUUGUAAAGGCUUUCGCCGUAUGUUUACAAAAUCUUUAGAAACUUACUAUCAAUUUCUUUUUGAAAUGUGUACCUACCUAGUUUAUAAAUAAUAAUUAAAAAUAGUUAGAUAAUUAAAAAUAAAUAUGACUAUUAUAAUAUAAUGCAUGUUAGAAUUCUAAAUGAAUUUCACUUCAAAAAUAUAAAUAACUGUAUUUUUUUUUAUUUAUUGCAUGGUCUGACUACAAUUUGUAUUGUAUUAUAAUAUAUUUAUAUAGCAUCGUUGUAUCAUUAUUACCUAAACUAUACCGAAGCUAUUUAUUUUAUAUUAACUUAUUACUUAUAUAAACAUAAUCAAAAAUACAAAAAAAUUACAGCGGUAUGUUGAUUUAUGGAAUUUAAAAUAAUAUAACUUCUUUUUAACAAUAUACAUAGAGAAUGAUCGGGAAAAGUUGUCUUUAUUGAACAACUCCAACCACAAUCCAAGUCAUUCUAAUGCAUAGCAAGUCGAAUUUAAUGUUUAUAUAAGUGUCUAUGUUUGUUAGGUACUAAAUAACCUAAUAUUUUUAAGUUACUAAAACAAUUUUAUAUAUUAUACAGUGUCAUUGUAACCUAUUUAAAAAAUAUUAUAUUUUAAAUACUUAACAUUAUUUAUAUAACUAUAAAAUGUAGAUCGAUGUGUGGAUGUUAUAAGUAAUUGGUAAUAUAAUAUAAUUUUAAUUAUAAGGAAUACAUUAAAAAAAUGUGAUUCAUAUGUUUAUUCAGUCCUAGUGACAUAUUGUAAUGUAUAAUGUAUUGCGUCAUAUAGUAUUGAAUAUUUGUGGUAAAAAAAACAUAUGCUUAAAGGCAAUUUAUAGAUGUGAUUAGAUAUAAUACUAUAUUUAUUAAUUAUUAUUAUGCACAACAGCUAACAUUGCAUGUUAGUAGACUCGUAGAAAAAUAUAAUAUGUGUGAAAUAUGGAUGUUAUUUGGGUAUUAAGUAGCAUCUGUUAGAAUAAAUUUACAACUAAAUGUGAAUUUUUAAGAGGGAAUGUUGCGGCUGUGUAUUUUUGAAUCAACCUGUAGAUAGGUUUUACAAUAUAAUAAUAUAAAAACGUAUAAACCUACUGAUCGUUAGAAGUACGCAUUUCAUUAGUUACUAGUUUCGGUAGUAUUAGGAUUAAUGGAUGACUAGUAACUAUCAAAUAUUCAGACAUUUUAUUCAGUGUUUAUAUAAAUGUAAUUUUCUUGUUCCAUAAUAUAUGUAACUAUGUGGUAUCUUAAAAUAGUUGUAGUAAUAUUGGUGUAAAAUUAUAUUAACAGUGUAGGCAUAAAUGUUUUAAAUUAAGCAGACGUAAAAAAACUCACAAAAGGCUUAAUGUAUGUUUAGAACUUUUUAUGUGGAAUUCAACUUUUUGACUAAGCACACUUUACUUGAUGUUAACAAUACACUACAAUCAAACUCUCUGUGUUUAAUGUGUUGUAAUAUUACCUUGAUUACGCAUUUUUGAAACAUUCCAGUGCUUCUAAAAUCGGUGGGUUUAUGCUUGAAGUGUUUAAAUAUGCUUACAUUUAUAUACUAUAUAUAAAUAUAUCGAUAGCUGUCUAAACAGCCCAUUUAUAUCACAAAAUAUAACUAUUGUUCGCCAAAACUUAAUGCAAACCUACUAUCUAAGUAGUAUCCAUGUGCUUAUAUGGUACAUACGGUUGUUAACAAAAAUGCAGAUACCAUAAAAUGCUCUACAUUAAUGACUGUGACAGCUUUUCUUACUAUUUCUGAAAUCGUUGCCGAUUUUUUUUUUACAUAUUACUGGUUAUUUUUCUUUUGCUUCUUUUUGUUAAAUUCUUUACAACUUAGCCUGUGGUUCAUUGGAUAGUCUGACUUGUAGCAAUAUUUUAUACAUAAGAUUAUUAUGAUUGAGCCACAUAAAGAUGUGUUUAUUUGAAUUACGCAAAAAAUACAUGAUUUAUUUUAUUUCAUUGUUAAUCACAAAUAUUUAGUCUUAGUUUUUACUUUUGAAAGUUAAUUUUACUUUAUGAAAAUAUUUUGCUUUUUUAUGUUUAUUUCUGUGUUAUUAAGAUUUUAUUGAAAUAUACUUUUACAUAGUUCACGUAUUGUCAGACAGUGCUGGUAUUUAUAUUAUUAUUAUCAAAGCCAUUUAGAAUUUAUUUAUAUAUAAAUCGCGCAAAAUACUAGUUUACUUUUAUAUUAGCAUUUGUGCUUUGUAUUUUGUGAUUCUGUAAAACAUAUUUAAUAAUUUUAAUACAUCACAAUAAUAAUUUUAAUACAUCAUUAAGGUGCAAUAUAUUCUUGGCACAGAUUCUCUGAGACUAAUCUACAAUAUGAAAAUCAUUCAGCGUUAAAGUGCUCUGAAAAUUUUUAUUAAUUAAAAAAAUAUUGUAAAAAAAAUCAUAUUUUAUUUUUUAAUUUAUAUGACAAAUUGAUUUUCAAUAUUUUAUGAAUGCAGAUCCAUGUUUUAAUUAAAUUAUAAUAAUUUUAAAUAGUUCAAUUUUAAAUGUUAAACUUUAAGACGAUACGAGUAAUGAACGAAUACAAAGACACAAUUUUUUAUUUCAAAAUCAUCACAAGUUUAGCCAAUCGGUGUUUCCAUUUAGAUUCGAAAACGCUGUUUUUACUUACAAUCAUGUGUAGCCUAACCGAUUUACAUAUUUGUCAACCCAAAUAAUAUUGUAAUUACUGUACCUAUCUGUUUACACUUAAGUAAUAUAUGGAAGUAAUAUUGCAUUUAAAAAGGUAUUUCUGAUUUGUCGUAUUACAUGUGAGCCCAACGAAAGGGAGUUACGUUAUAUACCUACAUGGUAUGUCUACUACAUUUUAUAUUAAUAAAUUUUUCUUAUAUGUGG